ACAGCAACUUUUUUGCAAUCAUUUGUUUGCUCACUGAUUCAAAGAAACAAGGAACUUCUCUGCAAUUUUAAAUGGCGGACCAGUCUCUUUCUGAAACCUUUCUCAACCCAUGUAUUUUGCAUUUACAGAAGAUGGGCCUCGAGUUUAAAUGUCCCAUUUGCUUAAAGCUGUUGAACCAUGCUGUGUCUCUCUCAUGUGAUCAUAUCUUUUGUAGUUCUUGCAUUUCAAUAGCAGUAUUGCCUCGGUUGGAGUGUCCUGUUUGUAGAUUACCCUAUCAUUCUCAAGAUUUGCGGGUUGCCCCUCAUAUGGAUAGCUUGGUGAGUUUAUACAAAAACAUAGAGGCUGUAGCUGGCAUCAGACUUUUGGGGGCUGACUCCCAGCAGUGCCAUUCAGAUUUGAAGAAACCAGAAAAAUGUUGCUCUGAAAUGGGGAAUGCUAGUAUUGGUGUUUCUUCUAAAACGAAAUUUAAGAGAUGGUAUGGAAGCGAUGAAAAUUCAUUAGCUGAGAAAUCAACUGGUCCUGUAUUCCCUGCUAAGAAAAGGCUUCAAGCUUCACAGUUUCCAGGAGUAGAACUCAGUGCUCCUUCAAGGCCAGAAAAUUCUUAUAAUAUGAAAAUUGAUCAUGCUAAAGACGAGGUUGAAGGCAGAUCACGUGGACUUGUUAAAGUUGGAGCUGAAAAAGGGAAUAACAAUUUUGAUGCUUUACAGUUAAAUAAAGAUGAAGUUAGCCCUGAUGUUUUGCAAUCUGAGUGGUCAAGAAGUUUUGACCACGCACAUGACCCAUCAAAUUCUCCACUGUCAAGUGUUACCAAGAAUUUGAAGGAUGAGAGAUUUAAUCUGGGAAAGGAAAAUAGUCCUCAGCAACCAUCAGAUAUCAAGAAGAAACACUACGAGGAAAUGCCUGGAGUGCUUUUCCAUGAGGAACAUCAUGGGAAAUCGAAGAGUAACCACAAAUAUCAUGCAAAGGAGAAAAACCGAAAAGAAAUAAAGAAACAGAAGAAAUUGAAAUCCAGGUUUGACAAUAAUGAUCACUGCCAAGAGAAUCAAAUGGUAGAUUCAGUCUGUAGAAUGACGACAAAUGAAAAUACACUGAAAUCCAAAUCUGAGUCUGAAUCUGACAGCCUCAAUGGAACUUCCAACUCUUCAGCUGAAGCCAGAAACCCAAGCAAGGAAAUGAGUCCUCAAGUUUCAGGAUAUGUGGAGUAUCUUGAUGGAAAAUCCACAGUUAGUGAUGCUAGCCCAAAGGAGGGAAGGAUGUUGGUUUUUGAAGCCUGUGACAAUGAAAAUUUAGUUGCUACAAAGAGAGUUGUAUGUGCAUUUUGCCAGUUUCCAGAGGACUCAGAGGCUUCAGGGCAGAUGUUACAUUACAUCAACGGUAAACCAGUGGGAGAUGAUUACAAGACCCAAUCUAAUUCCUUGCAUGUUCACAAGAAAUGUGCUGAGUGGGCUCCAAAGGUUUAUUUUGUGGGUGAUAUUGCUAUUAAUCUAGAAUCAGAAGUAGCAAGAGGUGCAAAGAUGAAAUGCAAUAUUUGUGGGCUCAAGGGGGCAGCACUCGGGUGUUAUGCUAAGAGCUGCCGUAGGACUUUCCAUGUUCCCUGUGCAGUGCAAGCUCCUGAAUUUCGCUGGGAUUGUGAAAAUUUUGUUAUGCUUUGUGCUGUGCACUCAUCCUUCCGUUUACCAAAUGAAGUGGCUGUGACUGGAAGGCAUAGAAAGCUACAUCAUUCAUCAGGGGUUCUUGAAGACACAAGGUGUUCACCUGGUUCAUCGAUUAACAAUCGGAGCAAAAAUUGGACAGAUUCGCAUGCCAUAGGUAGCAAAUGGGUGUUGUGCGGCUCUGCUCUCAAUGCUGAAGAGAAGGAUUUCGUUGCAAGGUUUGCAAAAUUGAGUGGUGCAAUUAUGUCUAAGGCUUGGAGCCCAGAUGUGACUCAUGUCAUUGCUUCCACUAAUGGCAAUGGUGCUUGCAAAAGAACCCUCAAAUUCCUGAUGGCCAUCUUGGAAGGAAGAUGGAUACUGAACAUUAACUGGAUCAAAGGAUGCUUGAAAGCCAUGUCUCCUGUGAGUGAAGAACCUUAUGAAAUUAAGUUUGAUAUCAAUGGUUCUCAUGAGGGGCCCAAAAAUGGCCGCCUUAGAAUCAUGCAAAAGGUGCCCAAGCUACUCGAAGGCUUGACUGUUUAUUUCAGUGGUGAGUUUGAAGACUCUUACAAGGGAUACUUGGAAGAUCUAGUUUUAGCAGCUGGGGGCACAAUAUUAGACACAAAACCUGAUUCUAUCGCACUCUGUGAACAAAUAACUGAAAAUCCAUCUACCAUCAUUAUAUACAGUUGUGAGCCUCCUCCAAAGUGCAAACCUAGUCAGGUUUCUUCAGUUAUAGACAACAGGUUCAGUCAAGCCAAGACCUUGGCAGCACAAACUGGUGCCAAUGUCUGCGGUCACAUCUGGCUCUUGGACACUAUAGCAGCUUGUAGACUGCAACCUUUUGAGUGCUAAAAGAGAGAUGCCCUCACUUUAAUUUCUACAAAAAAGAGCAUGUUAUAAUUUAUUAGUGCUUUAUUUUGCUAUUAAUCCUUUUAGUUUAUGUUUGUGCAUUAUUUGUGAUGGGCUCCCCUACCCAUGUGUUCUAUUUUGCUAUUAAUUUUUUUUGUUUAUGAUUGUGUCUAUGGGUUCGUGUUGAUCCCAUCAGGGUUUAUACAAGAAAACAGUUGAUCAGUUCGGGUCAACCUGUCAGGUAGCUGAAACCAAUAUUCGAGUUUGAAUAAAUUCCCUCAC